AGUGAGGCUCAGUGAGGAGUCAGAACUUCUGUCUGUCUGUGGGAUCAAGUUAGAGGAGCAACUCUGAAUCAACUCCUCUCUGGAUAGCUCUCUCGCGCGUCUCUGUCGCUCGUCAUCACAGUGCCAUCUCUCAGUAUUCACCAUGGAGGAAGGUAACCCCGGGCUGCCCGAUCUGAGAGAUAUAGAAACUAAGCUGGGGCUGAAGGUCCCGGAUAGUCUGAUCCGCUCUCUGUAUGCAGGGAAGCCGCAGGAGAGGAGCUCUCUGUCCGCACUGUCCGCUAACAGUGCGGACCUGCAGAGGCUGCAGAGCAAGAUGCUGUUCCUCAGACAGGAAAUGGCACACCUGCGAGCCAUCGACGUGAAGCUGAUGCAGCAGCUCAUGUCCAUCAACGAGGGCAUCGAGUCGGUACGGUGGCUGAUAGAGGACAAAGGGGGCGCUGCCAGUCAGGAGGGCAGCCUGACGGGCAGCCUGUACAGCCUGACAGACAGCCAGGAGGGGGGCUCGCUGCAGGGCAGCCUCAGCAGCCUGAACGAGGGGGGCAGCGACGGGCUGGACGCUCUGUCCGUGGGCAGUUACCUGGACACCCUGGAGGACCUGCCCGACGAGCCCUCGCCCACAGAUCUCGACAGUUUUAUGGAAAAAACGGUUAUCGAUGGUGACACUUUCAGCAAGUCGCCUCUGAAACUCAGGGUUGAAUCGGAUGAAUACUACUGCUUUGGAUAAGGAUCAGCUAAACACAGAGACUCCUGAGAUAUCCUGUGUGGAGAAAGAUUUAAAAAGUCUUAUUUUGCUUUACAUUUUCUGUUACCAAAUGUCUCCUUACAAACACACCUCACCAAACCUUAACGUUGCACCAAAUUGUGAAAACGGUCUCACAAUUCUUUAUGUCUUAAUAUUUAAUUUUUACGGUCAAUUCAAUUAUAAAGGUGCAGAUUUUAUUUAUUGUGGAGUUAUCUAAUACCUCAGCAGUUUAUUUUCAAACUUAGUGUACUAAAAUUCCUGAAGAUGGGGUGAUUAAAAGUAGUCUUCCUUAUCUGUGGACAAUGUAUUGUUGCGUUAGGUCAAGCACAAUCUUAGUGAAGGAGUAGAUUAGGAUUUAGCAGCCAUUUGGAAAAUUGGACAUUUCAUGCUGAGUUGGUAAACCGUUUAAAGCUGAAGUGUUGAAGCAGCAAAGUGCAAUUACCUUCCAUGCCAAAUUCAGAGCACCGCCUACUAUAAAGCUUUUAAUUAUUUCUUACUGAAACGUUUCGACUGGUGGGAGUUCCUUACUCACGAGAUUAGCAGCACAUCCAAAGAACAGAUGCUUGACUGAAAACAGAGCAAUCUGAUGGUCUCACAGAUAAUUCAGGCCUGAGGCAGAGAUGUAUUAAUGGUGGACAGAUGGGAAACACGUGUUUGCUUUGUGGGCCCACUUUAAUUCUCAGUCACAAAAAAUAGCGUUACAUGUUUCAGUUUUACAUUUUGAAUUUUUAUACUUUUAUGCUUCUGAAAUGUUAUUUGUUGAUGUUGUUGUGGAGAUGAAAUAAUACAUUUUGAUUUUCCUUCUGCUCACAUUGUGUUAUUCUUUAAUGGGAAAAAAACAACUAUGCAUUAUCUUCACUUCACUGCCUCUUUUAAUGAGGUGGAAAGGGAACACGGUGCCUUCCUUUUUUGGUCAAAUUGAGUCAAAAAUAACCAUAAUAGUGAUGUCAGACUAUGUGGUACCCUGUGUAACGUGGCAUGGAAAAUUACCCUCAUUAUUGCCGCUUGAUAAAAAAAAAACUAAACCAGGAAAAUGCUUCUAAAUAUGGAAAGUUGUUGCCCUCUAAAAUUCCUGAGCUAUUAACAAAGGGGAGUUCCUCAGGCUCAUUUUAAGGAUGGCAUGCCAACGAUUAUCCUAGAUGGGUAUCAAGUUUCUUGAGGAGUGCAAUGCUCGAGCUAAAGGCAUCCAGAAUACUGUAUAUGGCGCUCCGCUGUGUUGUUUUAUUUUUUUAUGCAUCUCACUCGCUUCUUAUCUUUCAUGUGAUGAUUGAAGUUCCAGACAGAGUAUAGAGGGAAAGUCAUUACAGGAAAGAUGAGAAGCUGAAUGCUGUGGAAACGCUGCCGUGUUGUCAAUUAUUCACUUUGUCCACAGAGCGCUCUCAUGGAUAAAGUAUAUUUGUGGAUGUGUUUCGAAUGCAAUGCACAAAGCUGGACUCUUUAAGUGUUGCAUUAGUUCCAGACAAGAUAUAAUCACUUUAUCCUGGCACUUUAAAUGUUCGUGUUACUUUAUGUCACCCUGAACACAAAGCAGCUUUAUUUGGGUUUUAUGGUGCAUUUCCUUAUCUCUUCUCCCCAGAGGCUUUGGGAGCUUAAAGCUGUCAGGAUGAGGCCACUAAACCAGAGAGCCUUCCUCAGCGUGACCUCUGUCAG